AAAAAUUGCGUCUCUCUGGGCACUAAAAAUGUCUAUGGUGAAAACUAUAAAAUAACUAUUUUUCUGUCUGCUAGUGGGUAGCCGUGUUCGUCCGCUAUGGGACAGAUAGACUGGAGUCCAAUAGCACUUUGAUCAACAAGAUUUUCGGGGCAGGAGCUUUUGAGAAUGUGUCUGACGAAGGGAGUCUUGACACUCCUGAAAAUCUUGUUGAUCUCUAAGCUACUGGACUCGAAUCUAAUUGUUCUAUUAUGUGUAUAUCUUUUUAAUGUCAAUAUAAUUUGUGGAAAACACUAAGUUAAUUUUUUAGUUCGGAAAUACCAAUCAGAAGCAUGCUUCAGGGGGUAGCCGUGUUGGUCUGCAUUCCUUUCUUCUAUACAUCCUCUUGUUUUUCUACCUCUAGAGGAAAGAUGGCCGCGCGGAUUGAUGACGACACAAGCGGACAAUGUUUCAUGAAUGAACGGAGAGGAAGAAAGAUAUCGCGUACUCAGAGACGAGAGCGGACGCUUCCUCAGUGCGCCUGCGUGCUCAAAGCCCCGCCCUUCCUCCUCUCAUCUGCGUGCGCUGGGUAGCGGCAGAUUCCUUUUCUCUGCGGCCUCCAUCUUGGGACGUCGUGCGACUGCUGGAACCAUGCAGCUCUUCAUUCGUGCACAGAAUCUGCACACCCUUGAGGUGUCUGGGCAGGAAACAGUUGCUCAUCUAAAGGCUCACAUCGAGUCCUUGGAAGGCAUUGCACCUGAGGAUCAGGUGGUUCUUUUGGGUGGAACUCCCUUGGACGAUAAUGCCAUUAUUGGCCAGUGUGGUAUCAGUGAACUCACAACCGUAGAGGUUGCUGCUCGCAUGCUGGGUGGCAAAGUCCAUGGCUCCUUGGCUCGUGCUGGCAAAGUGAGGGGCCAGACCCCUAAAGUUGCAAAGCAAGAGAAGAAGAAAAAGAAGACAGGCCGUGCUAAGAGGCGCAUGCAGUACAACCGCCGCUUUGUCAACAUUGUGCCAGGUUUUGGCAAGAAGAAGGGUCCCAAUGCCAACUCCUAAAUAGCAUCCAGUUACCUAAUAAAUCUGAUAUUUGCUUGGA